AUGAAAUGUUAUGAUUAUAUUUAUAUUUGGGUACUCUUCUUUCUUUUAAAAAGUGUUGCUUGUUUCAAUUUAGAUCCCAAUGAUAAAGACUCUGUUUAUGAUGGUAUCGAUACAGUAACAAAAGGAAUGCUGAAUUACUAUCAGCCUUCGUCCCAUGAUUUUACUGCAUAUUGGUGGAUGACGGGAUCUUGUCUCAAUGGAAUGCUAAACACCUAUUCUGGAACGAAAAAUAAAACUCAUAUGGGUUUAGUUGUUGAUUCCCUUUUGGCCAACAAGGGUGAAAACGAUGAUUUCGCUCCAGACAAUGAAAAAUUCAAUCUUGGUAAUGACGAUCAAGGCAUCUGGGGCUUGACUGGUAUGUCGGCAGCUGAAAUUAAUAUCCAGGACAAUCAGUCGGAUGUUUCUUGGGCCGCCAUUGCACAAGCGGUGACAAACGAAAUGUCCGCUCGAUGGGAUAACUCUUCGUGUAAUGGUGGUAUUCGUUGGCAAAUUUAUUCUUUUAACCAAGGAUACAGUUACAAAAAUACAAUUAGUAAUGGUGCACUAUUCCAAUUGGCUUCUCGCCUUGCCCGUUAUACACGAAAUGAUACAUAUGCGGAGUUGGCUCGAAAAGUCUGGGAUUGGUCCGUAAGCGUCAAUUUUGUAGAUGCGGAUUCGUAUGCAGUAUACGAUGGAUCAAAAACAGAGACGAACUGCAGCAGCGUUACAAAUGAACAAUGGUCCUAUACAACUGGUGUUUACCUUGCUGGUACCGCCUUUUUGUACAAUUACACAAAUGGAACUUCUGAAUGGAAAGGUCAUAUGGAUGGACUGCUGAAUCGAACACUAAACCAUUACUUUAACGAGGACAAAAUUAUUUACGAGCCUACUUGCGAAACGUCGAACACUUGCAACUAUGAUCAGACUGGCUUUAAAGGUAUGCUCGCUCGUUACCUUAGUUAUACCAUGCAGCUCGCUCCUUAUACCGCUGAAACAAUUAUGCCUUACCUUCAUGCAAGUGCUAAAGCAGCUGCUUUAGCUUGCAGUGGUGGUUAUGAUGGUGUCACUUGUGGAAACAGAUGGACUUGGAACAAUGGUACAUGGGAUAAAAACUACGGACUCGGAGAACAACUUUCAGCACUGGAAGUUAUUCAAUCAGUUUUAACUCCUCAGUAUUCUCCUCUGUUAUCUCUGGACACUGGCGCAAGAUCAAAAUCCGACCCAAGCGCAGGACAAAUUACCCAAGUAAGCUAUUCCGUUCCUGCUGCCACGAAAAGUGAUAAAGGCUGGGCAGGCUUUCUAACAGCUCUCUUUUCAUUCCUUUUCUUAUUGUUUUCUCUAUGGUUGUUCUUUUAA